GCCAAGCGGUCAGUUAGCUCCGCAUGUUUAUUGCACCCACUUAGUCAGGAACUAUUCCAUCAUUACUUCUACAACUACAACCACAGCAACGAAUUCUUUAUUGAAAUAGAUGCCAUGGGGAAGACAAAGAAUGCCUCCAAACCGCUAACAGAGGAAGAAAUCUGGGACGACUCGGCGCUCGUGCAGAGCUGGGACGAGGCCGUCGAGGAAUACAAGCUCUACCACAGCAUCCACGCUAAAGGGGAAAAUGUUGAUGAUGUCUUGAGAGAGGCUGAAGAUGCUGAGCAGGCGGGUCGGGGGGAUGAUGUGCAGGUUGAUGCUAUGGAAGAAGGGGAAGAUGGAGAAGCCGUCGAGGCUGAGAGUCAGAAAGCUGAGGUGUCAGAGGCUAUGGAAGAACCUGCUGCAGCGUCUAACCCGCCACCGGUUAGAGGGAAUCAGCAGCAGGCCGGUCCCACGGCAGCAACACCAACACCAAUAACAGCCACGCCUAUGCCACACCCAAUGCUCUCACAAGUUCAAGACGAAGGGCUAAAGAACCUAAUGAUGUCCUGGUAUUAUGCUGGGUACUACACCGGUCUCUAUGAGGGGCAACAGCGGGCGAACAAAACCGACAACCCAUGAGUGUGUUUUUUUAUUCAUCUUCUGCUCCUUCUUAUAAAUCUUUUGGGACACGAUUAGCAGAUUGAAAAAGAUUUCCGUUGCUAGCUGGGGUAGACUGCCUGUGCACGCCUGGUGAUCGCUAGCAAUGUACGGAUCAGUCAGCCAGUCAGUCAAUCAAUCAGCCGAGAGAGGGAUUGCGGUACUUGUAACCAACCGGUUGACAUGGGGCUAACUGACUGGCAUCAUCACGGGAAUUAAAUGAGAAGACACGAGGCUUGCUGCUACUUGUGUCGCUAGGUCUUGUUCAUGAGGGUUUAGUCCUGCUUAGGUCUUGGGAUGAGCGCAUAGUGGAUCGGAGAGAUAGAGAGCAUCACGGGCAUGUUGUUUCUUCCAGGAAGUUGCGGCUUUGGUUUCAUGUACGACGGGCUAUGUAAGGUGUGUGGCCAAGAUCACUGGACACGGUGAUCCGGAUCAGC